CUACUUCCAACUAUGAGCACAGAAAAUUCUUCCCGACUUAGAUUUACAAGUCUUUAUAUAAUAGCUUACGCAAUUAGAAGCCUGGAUAUAGUUCAAAGUACAACUAUGGACUUUUAGUUGGUCCACGGUUACUCUUAAGGACUUAUAAAGAAAAAGAAAUUACGAUGAAGUUUCUUUAUAGUUUUGCUCUAAUACAAGAAAUGCCAUGCAUGUUAUCCUUAAAUAUAAUCACCUCUUCGACGAUCUUCUUCCAAAGAACUUUGAAAAUUUCUUAUAGCUUUCCUUCUGCUCUCCACGAUCCAAUAAUCAAUUCUCAUGGUUACCAUGCAUUUUUCCCUGCUACUUAAACAAAUCCUACUAAUAGCUCUAUGGUGUUCAGCUUUCUUUGCUGAUCAAGUGGGAUGCUUGAGUUUUAGUUAUCCAAAAUUUGAAACCAAGAAUGAAGAUGAUUUCAUUCGCAGUCAUUCGUACUUAGUCCAAGGUGCUAUACAAGUUACAGCCGACGUCCGUGGAGGUGAUAUCACAAAUCUGUCAGGGCGAGCCAUGUACAAAAAGCCAUUCAAGCUGUGGAGAAAAGGUAAAGGCGAUCAUCCCACCAUAGCAUCAUUCAAUUCCACAUUUGUCCUUAGAAUCACUCCCGACCCAAAUCCAGGAGAAGGAUUGGCAUUUAUCUUAACUGAGAAUACCACCCUUCCAGAGAACAGUGAUGGAAAAUGGCUUGGGAUUGUAAACCAAAAUACAAAUGGAUCCUCUCAUGCCAAAAUAGUGGCAGUAGAAUUUGAUACAAGGAAGAGUUACGAGGAAGACAUCGACAACAACCAUGUGGGGUUGGAUGUGAACAGCAUCAACUCCGAGAAACAGGUGCGUCUUAUCAACCAUGGUGUUAAUGUUUCCACAGGCACUGAUAUAACAGUGAAAGUUGAGUAUGACGGGAAGAAUAUCAGUGUCUUUUUUCCUGUGUCAAAUGAAACAGAGAGGAAAAUGAAGAAUCCAGUUUUAACCAUGGCUGUUAAUCUCUCUGACUUUCUUCCAGAGAAGACUUUUGUAGGAUUCUCAGCUUCUACAGGUAAUACUCAUACCCAGCUAAACUGUAUAAGGUCAUGGGACUUCUACAGUUCAGAUAUAGGUGAAAAUCCAAAUCUGCUGUGGGUUUGGAUUACAGUCCCAGGGAUUGUAGCUUUGUUAGGUGGAGUACUUGUCUUUUACAUGUAUUGGACAAGAAAACAUGACAGCGAGGAUCUUGAGGACUCAUAUCCAAGGAUCGAAGAACAGAUUCAAGGUUAUUCCAUGGCCCCUAAGAAGUUCAGACUUAAAGAUCUAAGAAGAGCAACAGACAAAUUUGACCCAAAGAACAAGCUCGGAAAUGGUGGUUUUGGGACCGUCUACAAGGGAGUCUUGGGUAAUAAGGAAAUAGCUGUCAAGAGAGUGUCUAAGGAUUCAAGUCAGGGCAAGCAAGAAUUCAUAUCAGAAGUCACCACCAUUGGCAGCCUCAGGCACAAAAAUCUGGUGAAAUUGAUAGGGUGGUGCUUUGAAAGCCAUGAGCUCCUUAUUGUUUAUGAGUACAUGCCGAAUGGUAGCCUGGACAAAUUGAUAUUUAGUGAUGAUCAGAAGCUUGGCAUCCCCAUAGCUGAAUCGAAGGUACUGAGCUGGGAAAGAAGGCAAAGCGUAAUUCAUGGUGUAGCUCAGGCACUGGAUUAUCUCCACAAUGGCUGUGAGAAGAGGGUGCUUCACCGAGACAUAAAAUCUAGCAACAUAAUGUUAGAUUCCGACUUCAACGCUAAGCUUGGAGACUUUGGAUUGGCUCGUACCAUUCACCAAAGUGAGAAAUCUCACCACUCAACAAAAGAGAUUGCAGGAACACUAGGUUACAUGGCUCCAGAAUCAUUUCUUAUUGGAAGGGCCACUGUCGAAACCGAUGUGUAUGCAUUUGGGGUUCUUGUGUUGGAAGUUAUCUGUGGAAGGAAGCCUGGUAAUCAAUAUGAGCAGAACAAUUACAACAACAGCAUUGUCCAUUGCCUCUGGGAGCUUUACAGUAAAGGAAAGAUACAUGAUGCUGUUGAUUUGAGAUUGAAAGAGUAUGACGAGGAAGAAAUGGUUCGUGUUCUGAUCUUGGGAUUAGCCUGCUGUCAUCCAAACCCACAUGAGAGACCCUCCAUGAGAGCUGUUUUGAAGGUUCUUAUAGGGGAAGCUGAUCCUCCACUGGUGUCCACUGACAUUCCUACUUUUAUGUGGCCUCCCAUGCCUUCAUUCCCAAAUUACUCAGAGACCUCUAUGCAAACCAGGUUCACACAACUUACUGGAAGAUAAAAGAAAUCUUUGCUGAAGACCAGAAAAAUGAAUUGGCAUGCUGUUUUGUAAUUCCUGCUUAUACAUAACUAGGUGUAAUUUUCUGCGGUCGGAAAUGCGCAGUCUUUCCAUAUUACAGGUUUAUUUUUCACAA